UCCUGAUGUGCUGGUUGCCUUUCGGAGCUUGCUUCGUACCAGAACCGAAUCUCGUACCUGAUUCGGCUUUGUACAAUACGGCCUGGUUAGCAUAUAGUCGAAGUUGCUUGAAUCCAUUACUGUAUUGUGCAUUAGAUGGCAGGUUCAGAAACGCUUAUGUGAACCUAUUCCACUACUGUUGUUGCAAAACAACAGUAUCUUUCUCACGUCGUCAAAGAGGUUGUGGAUCUAAUUCAGGAGCUGGUGACUCCAGGGGCGGAAUGGAGAGCGGUUUGGGCAGAUCAGGAGGCGACGUCAGGGUUCACAUCAUUCCUGGGUACAACAUGUACUCCUACACCAGCCCACAAAGACCAUGCAGGCAAAAUGGACGUGAUGUAUAUGAAUUAUGAUAAAUAGGUUCAAAGAAUGCUGACAUUCGAUUGAUAUGUCUAAUUCUUCAGGAAUUUCUGCUGA